AUGUCUCGAAGGCAUUGGACAAGCAACCACAUCAUUGAUGAUAGACAUGUGACAUAUCGCGCGAUUGAGGCGUCCUUGAAGAUCUCAAAGACCUCAAUUCAAGAAAUUUUACAAGGAGAAUUAGGAGUAAGCAAAUUAGUUUCUCGUUGGAUACGCCACCUGUUGACUGAAGAGCAGAAAGCAGCCAGGGUUAAUUACAUUGUUAGUGGUGAUGAAUCGUGGAUUUACUGUUAUGAACCAGAAAAUAAACGACAGUCGGCUGUUUGGGUGUUCCAAGGUGAAGAAAAGCCAACAAAAGUCAUCCGCUCUAAUGAGCUUAAUGAGCAAAGAACUGUUACUGCAGAUUGGUAUACCACCAUUUGUUUGCCAAAAGUCAUCCCCGAGCUUCGAAAAAUCAACCCCGAAAGAAGAAUCAUCCUCCACCAAGACAAUGCAAGCUCGCACACAGCCCAAAAAACAAGGCAGUAUUUAACGGAAGAAAACGUGGAAUUAUUGGACCAUCCUCCAUAUAGUCCCGAUCUAAGUCCUAACGAUUUCUUUACUUUCCCGAAAAUUAAAAACAGACUGCCUGGUCAAAGGUUCCAGUCACCAGAAGAAGCAGUUGACGCAUUCAAAAAUGCCGUUUUGGAUAUGCCAGCAAACGAGUGGAAUAAGUGCUUCGAAAAUUGGUUCGAGCGCAUGCAGAUAUGUAUUAAUCUUCAUGGAGAAUACUUCGAAAAACAAUAA